AUGGCAAAGUCACGAGUGGCCCCCCUAAAGCUACUUACUAUUCCGCGGUUGGAAUUACAAGCUGCUGUGAUGGCUAGCAGGCUGAAUGACUUCAUCCGAGCUGAAACCCGACUUCAACUGGAGAAAACCAUUCUUUUUUCGGAUUCAAUGAUUGUUCUCUCAUGGAUAAAGCAGGAACCUAGGAAUUUCAAAACAUUUGUGUCAAAUCGCGUUGGCGAGAUUCAGAUGAAAUCGAACGCACUGGACUGGCGGUAUUGUCCCUCCGAACUUAAUGUCGCGGAUGAUGUAAGCCGGGGUCGAACUGUGGAUGAAGUGCAAGAACGCUGGAUAUGCGGUCCUGGAUUUCUUAAGCUGCCAGAAGACGAGUGGCCUCUUACGAACGUGACAACAGGACAUCGAGACCAAAGGGGAAGCGAAAGUGAACUUAAGAUGAGCUGUACAGUGGCAACUUUCUCCGUAGAAGCGCCCAUAUUGGCACAAAUGGAAAAAUUCUCAUCACUGAUGCGUGCUACUCGUGUUACUGCGACACUCAUACGAUUUGUACACAACUUCUGUGCAAAAUGGGGCAACAAGCGUCAAAAACAUUCAGGGCCACUGUCUGUCAGUGAACUCAACACUGCUGAGAAGAAACUCUUAACUCAUGCCCAAUCUGCACUGCAUCCCAUGUUAGGUAAACAAGGCCUGGCUACUCUCUCUCCGUACAUGGACGAAGAUGGAAUCAUACGGGUCGGCGGCCGAGUAGACAAAGCCCCUGUUAGUUUCGAGAUGCAACAUCCAGCACUUCUACCACAGGGACAUUGGUUAUCGCGCCUCAUCGUUCAUCGGGCACACAGGUUUGGGCACUUAGGAGUUUCGGCCACUGCUGCGAAGGUACGCAGGAAAUACUGGAUCAUAGGAGUGACGCGCAUUGCAAAAACUGAGAAGUAUCGCUGCGUGUUCUGUCGAAAGACAGCAGCCCAGGCGGAAACCCAGUUCAUGGCCGACCUCCCGGAGAUACGUCUAAAACCCAUGACACCACCCUUCCUUCAUACAGCAGUAGCUUUAUUUGGUCCGUUUCAAGUACGCAUCAGCAGAAACAAGCAUGACAAGCAUUACGGUGUUUUGUUCACGUGCUUAAACGUACGGGCAGUAUACUUGGAUCUCACAGCCAAUUAUUCAACCAUGGAGUUCUGCCAAUUCAUCCGAAGGUUUAUGUCCGUUCGUGGGACCCCAGCUACAAUUCUGAGUGACCGAGGCCCGCAACUAGUAGGAUCAGCUGCCAAAAUAAAUGAAUGGUGCUGUGAGAGAGGAACAGAAUGGCAAUUCUGUACACCCACCGCGGCGCACCAAAAUGGGUGUGUGCGGAAUCAUUGA